AUGAAUUCUUAUGUUUUGGAAACAUUAUUCAAUACUUCUGGUUGUCUCUUUGCCAGAUCUGAAUAAUUAACACAGGGAAAGUUGCAUGUUUAUAAUUCUCUAUUCAUAAACAACUCAGGUACUCAAGGAAUUGCCAUCACUUCAAUAAAUGUGAAAACUUUCUUGUAAAAUAUAAGGAUUAUGAAUAAUGUUGCCAGUUCAUAUGGAGGUGGAUUAUUUUUUGAUUUAAGUAGCAAUGAGUUUGUGAUAAAAUCAGCUCUUAUUUAAAAUAAUAGUGCAAGGGAAGGUGGGGGAAUCUAUUUAAAUGGAAAUAGCAUUUUAAGCAAAAAUAACUUUUAUGGUUCUCUUUUAAUUCUUAAUAACGCUUAUUUAUCGACCAAUAACCUGCAAGAAUUGCCUUCUCAUUUAGAUCUAUCAAUCAAUUAUUAAACCUUGCCUUCAGAAUUUAAAACAAUCAACUCAAUACCAAUAAGUUCAUUAAAUUUAUACCCAUAUAAAAUACUCCAGUAAGGUAAACCAAUGAUCACAUAGAUAUUGAUGAUACCUAGCAAUUAAGAGAUGAUCAAAUAUACAAUAUACAAUCUAAAGAAUUAAAAUUUUAUUACAUAUUUAACCGAGGUGUCGAUUUAAUUUAAAAAUAGAUUCAAUGAAUAAUUACUAAAUUUUUCCAAUUCAACUUGUUAAAUUGUACAAUCAACAAUUCAAGUUAAUACCAAAACCGUAAAUCAAACCAAUAUCUCAUUAAUUUAUUUUGAUUAAACAAAAAAUAAUUUCAAUUUGGGAACAUUAAUUUUUACUUAGGAUCCAUAUAGAUAAAAUGAAGAAGAGCAUGUAAUCUAAUUAUAUUGCAAAACUUAAUACUAGACUUAAGAAUUAUUGUAUAAUAUAAAAACAAAAAGCUUAUUUUGUUAAUUAGGAGAAUUUUAUGUCUAAAAUGGUUGUUCAGUUUGUUAAUCAUUAUAAGGCUUUUAUUCUGUCACCUACAAUACUUCUAAAUGCUCUAUUUUUGAUAAGAUCAAAUUUGAUGAAAUUACUUCUAAUAACAUUAAAUUAAAACCUGGGUAUUGGAGACCUCACUUUGAAUCUGAUUUAGCGGUAAUUUGUUUUAAAAAGUUAUAAUCCUGCUAAGGCGGUUGGAUUGUAGGGGAUGAUCUAUGCAAUACUGGAUAUAUGGGAGCAAUAUGUGAGGAAUGCGAUAAACAUAACAUAAGAGGAGAUGGAUAUUAUUUCAAAAACAAUGAAAAUUUUUCAUGCAUAAGUUGUAAUUAAGCUUCAAUUAAUAUUUUAUCUUUCAUUUUUAUCGGAAUUUGGACUAUUUUUUCAACUCUUAUAACACUAAGAAGUGUAGAAAAAACAAAUUAAUUAUUUACAUCACUUGCCCUUUCCAAAAAGUUUCCUGAUUUACUGUUUAAGUUGAAUUUAGGUAAAUAUUAAGAUUUUCUUUUAGAUCAAGAGAGCAUCUUAUUGAAACUUUAUUUAAAUUACACUUGGAUAUUUUCUCUAAUUUUUACAUUCAACAUUUAAUUCUCCUUUUCAUUCAUCUUUAUUAACACAAUGAAUGAUACAUCUUAUUUUAUGUCUCGAAAUUUAGACUGUUAACUAACUUAAUAAUUUUCCCUUGAAUUGAUAUAUACUCGAGUAAUAGUCAUGCUUACUUUAAUAAUUUUUUUAAUUUUAAUUAUUUAAUUUGGAGUCAAUAUUUUUUUUAUUGUUAAAAAGGUCAAGUUUAAUGACAACAUACUUUCAAUUACCUUACUUUAUGGGUAUAUAUAGAACUAUGCUUCACUAAUUAAUCAGCUUUCUUCAAUUUUAGCUAAAAGAUAAAUCUCAUCUAUUAAUUAUGUUUAAGGAGAUGUAUCGCUUUUAUUUGAUUCAGAUAAUCAUUAGUAAUGGAUAUAUAAAUUUUCAAUACCAUUGUUAUCACUGAUUGGCUUAAUUUUACCAAUUUCUUUACUUUGCUUUUUGUACAUCAAAAGAGGAAUAUUAAAUAAAAUCUCAUUGAGAAGACAUUUUAGUUACUUAUUUAAUGAAUAUAGAAUUAAUUGCUUUUAUUGGGAAUGGAUGAAGUUGUGGAAGAAAACAAUUAUUAUUAUCAUAUUGAUUUAUUUUGAAACAAAUAUACUCUUAAAGGGAAUCUUAAUAGGGAUUUGCUUGAUAGUUUAUUAAGUAAUCACAUCAUUAUAUCAACCGUACAUUUAUGAAAAAUUAAACAAAUUGGAUUUGUAAACUGGAUAAUGUUGUUCGAUAGCAAUUUUCUUAGCAUCUAUUAAAUACAUUUGCGAAUAGGAAGAAGAGGAUGCUAUUGCGAAAAUUGUAUAAAUGCUUAUAGUAUUUCUCUUCUUAAGAUUAAGUUAUCCUAUAAUUUCAAAUAUUUUCGCUAUUUAUUAUAGGAAAUAUAAGGAAUAGCUGGUUCAAGUCUUAGUAGAAAUCUUAAGAAAAUCAUCAUCACAAUAAAAACUAAUUUGGAAAUUAAGUGACAAACUAGAUUAAUGGAAAUAGAAGUAAGAUAGAAUAUAAAGAAAUUUCAAAAAGAUGAGAGAACUUACUUUUAAGAAUCAAAAAAUCAAUAAAUAUGUUGUUUUUUAAACCAUUUGCGGGAAAUAAAAUACUAUGUAAGACUUGGAACUUUUGAAUUCACGAAAUUUCAAUUACCCAAAAAAGGUGCUGUGA